AUGACAUCUUGGCUUGUACUUCCAUCACCACCAACAGGCAAUAAUCGUCAAGUCGAACUUGCCGGUACCGAUCUAUGGAUUACAGGACGUAUCAAUAAUGUAUUCGUCUAUCCAUCGGCUUUGGAUAUCGAUAAAUUCAAGGAAGCACUUAGUCGUACUCUCUCCUUGUGGCCUUUUAUCGCUGGUCGUUUUUUCGUACUCGACGAUGAACAUUAUAUAACUGAAAUGUCCGAUAAUGGCCUUCCAGUCUCUUUGAUCGAAAAUACUGAUCUUACACGAUGGUCUCUUGAUUUAAAUGUUGUAAUUGACAAGAAUUCAAAUCAACUUCAACCAUUUUUGGAUGAAAUACAAACUACAAAAUUGAUAGGUGGUUCUCGGGAUGAACCACUUUUCCGUUUGAAACUCACUCAUCGUGUACAAAGUGGAGAAUGGAUAAUGGGUGCAAGUUGGUCACAUAUGUUAGGAGAUGCUGAUGCUUUUUUACAUUUUUUAAAUACAAUUUCAUGUUUAUAUCAACAAAUGAAACCACCUGAACCGAUGCCUGUCUUCGAAAGGUGUUUGUGGUUAAACGACAAAGUCGAUGAAACUCUUUUACCUGAUAUAAAACAAUUCUUCGAUGGUGAACAAAUAGAAACAAAUGGUAUAAACGAUCAAGUAACAUAUGAUCAGCUCAACAUUUGUUUCACUGGACAACAGCUCAUCAAAUUACGUACAUUGAUCGAUGAUCAAAAAUGUGACUAUUCAAGAUGUCCUGAGUGCUUAUAUUAUUCUUACACUUAA